GUUCGUUUUUUGUCUGCAGUGAUUACCUUCGACCUAACCGACGACCUUCAAAACCGAAUGUUCUUCCAUUUUAGAACAAAUUCUCUCUUCAAAAUUCAAUUCUUUGAUAACAACAAUGUCUCAAUCAUCUUGUUCCCAUAGAAUCUCAUUCUCCUACUGAAAAUUCUUCAACAACAACAUCACUGUGUUGUUCAUCUUGAUUCAUCACACGAAAUGCCAUGCUUUCUUCAACCACCUAAUCAAUACCCCAAAAUCCCAUCUGGGUUUUCUCUAAAUCAUCAAAAGAUAUGGUCUUUGCAAAAAUCGCUUCACUUGUUUCCUUCAAAUUCUCAACCCCACAAUCAUCACCUAAUCUCAGAAUCUCUUCUUCUCUUCAAGAUUUCACUUCAUAUACCCAUUUGAAACAACCCCUUCAAACUGCAGUAACAACAACAACAACAACACCAGCAUCUUCUAGGAAGAAAUGCAUCAGAACUAUAAGGCUUGUACUUUUACUUACAUUGUUUCUUUUACUCACAUACUUGAUUUUUAUGUUUGUUUACUCUUUUUGGAAUAUUGGGUCUGGUAAAUACUAUGUUGUUCUUGAUUGUGGUAGUACCGGAACUCGUGUUUAUGUGUAUAAUGCUUAUGUUCAAUUUAAGAGACAUAGUAGUCUUCCUAUAGCGGUUAAGUCUUUGAGAGAUGGCUUGCAUAGGAAGAAGCCUACUGGUCGUGCUUACGAUCGGAUGGAAACUGAACCGGGGAUUGAUAAGUUAGUAUAUAAUGUUUCUGGUUUGAGGGGUGCUUUGAAACCGUUAGUUAGGUGGGUGAAGAAGCAGAUACCGGUGCAUUCGCAUAAGAGUACUUCUUUGUAUCUUUAUGCUACUGCUGGUGUUAGGAGACUUCCUAGGAAGGAGUCUAAGUGGUUGGUAGAUAAUGCUUGGUCUGUGAUCAAGGAUUCUCCUUUUUUGUGUAAGAAGGAUUGGAUUAAGAUUAUUUCUGGUACUGAGGAAGCUUAUUUUGGAUGGAUAUCGCUUAAUUAUCAUAGUCGUAUUUUGGGUGUUAGUCCUAGGAAGGCGACUUAUGGUGCACUUGAUUUGGGAGGAUCGUCGUUGCAGGUUACUUUUGAGAGUGAUCAACAAGUUAAUAGUGAGACUAGUUUGUAUGUUAGGAUUGGAUCGGUGAACCAUCAUCUUACUGCAUAUUCUCUUGAGGGUUAUGGACUCAAUGAGGCGUUUGGGAAGUCGGUGGCACAUCUGUUUAAGAAAGAGUUUGGCUCAUCAGCGGCUGGUAAAGAUAUAGAGCUCAAGCAUCCUUGUUUGCAAUCUGGCUACAAGGCUCGAUACAUAUGCCCUCGUUGUGGCAAAGGUGGAAGUCUUUCUGUUGGUGAGAAACGGUUGAGUAAGCAAGGUGGGUCAGGAACUCCGUUAGUGCUUGUCGGUGCUCCUAAUUGGCAACAAUGCAGUGCACUUGCGAAAGUUGUCGUAAAUUUGUCUGAAUGGUCCAAUCUCAGUCCAGGACUUGAUUGCGGAGUGACACCUUGUGCAUUGCAAGAUAAUCUCCCUCGCCCAUAUGGCCACUUUUACGUGAUUUCUGGAUUUUAUGUUGUGUAUCGGUUUUUCAACUUGUCUUCUGAAGCCACACUUGAUGAUGUGUUGAAAAAGGGUGAGGAUUUCUGUGAAAAAAGAUGGGAUGUUGCGAAGAAAAGUGUUGUGCCUCAGCCCUUUAUUGAGCAGUACUGCUUUAGGGCACCAUACAUUGCCUCACUUCUGAGAGAGGGUUUGCACAUUAAUGAUAACCAAAUAUCUGUUGGCUCUGGCAGCAUCACCUGGACACUUGGGGUUGCCUUGUUAGAAGCUGGGAAGGCAUAUUCCACUGGAUUCGGGCUUCGUAACUUUGGAGUGCUCCAGAUGAAGAUAAAUCCUCUUAUUCUUAUCGCUAUCGUGUUGUUUUCUUUUAUUGUCCUUCUUUGUGCUUUAUCAUGUGUUGGCAAUGGGAUGCCGAGAUUUUUCCGGAGGCAACAUCUUCCCAUUUUCAGGCAUAACGGUGUUUCCAGUGCUUCUGUUCUUAAUUUUCAGCGAUGGAGUCCAAUGAGCUCCGGGGAUGGAAAAAUAAAGAUGCCACACAGCCCAACAGUUGCAGGUCCACACGGAAGUCCAUUUGCCAUGGGGUAUGAUUUUGGUGAUAACAGUGAUGGCAUCCAGCUAGUCGAGUCUUCCCUGUACCCAUCAGCCAGUAGCGGAGUAUCACAUAGUUAUUCCUCAAAUAGUUUAGGGCAGAUGCAGUUUGACAGCAGUAAUACGGGUGUCUUCUGGUCUCCUCAUCGAAGUCAGAUGCGUCUGCAGAGUAGGAGAUCACAGUCUCGAGAAGACCUCAAUUCUUCAGUGGCUGAAGCACACCUGGUGAAGGUUUAAGGCAUCAUUUUCUGGAAAUAUUGCAUUUCAGAGGUUUUUGUCGUGGAGAUGACCGAAGCUGAAGAUAAAGUCUGAUUGUUGGAUGAUUCCAAGUGAAUUCACUUCUCCUGAAACUCACUUCUAAACUGGAUUCCUCCACAAGUUGCAUAGCUCAAACAAGUUCUCAUUUUCGGAAACCGACAUCUUCUAUACUAUGCUACUUGAUGUCUCCGGUGGUUUAGUUUUUCUGGUGCCCCAAAGCCUUUGGAAGUGAAGUAAAUCAUCAAAAUACUAACAUGCAAAAGAAUGGAUCUAUUCCAUUAUAUUGACAACAAGAUCAAUUAACUAUUAGCUUUUGUUAUAGCAUUCUUUAGAGUUUAGACUAAUUAACUGUCAUUACUACAGAGAAGAGAAUGUUCUCGUGUUUCAUAAGUGAUUAUUAACAAGAUCAGUUGUAAACAUAGUUCAACACUCACAAUUUAUACAUCAAAUAUGCUACUGAAUUUAUUUUGAAAGUUAUUUGCAA